AUGAUAUCUGGUUUACCUAAUACUAGCGAUAUUGUACGAUAUACUCAAAUUGCAAGACUUAUAAUACUUACACUAAUUAUUGUGGUGUUAUUUUUAUUGACCCUGCUGAUAGGUAUAGUGUUAGUUCACCUUUCAACUUUACUCUCAGUUCUAAUACAAGAAACAGCAGAAAGGUGGCCAGAGCUGACCUCAGAUUUAUUGUGUGCAAAGAGCUUGGAUAUAAACUGGACUGCGGUACUGCGCUUUCUGUGGGCGGAGCUUAAGGAAACAGUAUCAGGAAGAGUUAGUUCCCCGACAUUAAUUCUAUUUGGAUCUAGUGUAUACAUAUACAAGGCUUUUAAAACAAGGUUGAGUAGCACUGGGAGUAUAGCGACUGAAGGCAUUAAAGACUUCGACGAAUGGGAGUACCAUGUUAAUGAACAACUGGGUAAACAAGCGGGUCUGUACCCAGAGGCGCAGCGGGCUCGACUGCAAUUCCAGCGGAAUAAGUUUGAACCGAUCUCCUUCAAUUACAUUGAGCCGUACGACGAAGGCGAUGAUGAUUUUAAAAACAGCUCCAAGACGAAAUCUACAUCUAAAAAGUAUAAGGGACGAAGAGGAUUAAAUUCCUUCAAAAAGUCUUCUAAAACGUAUACAAGAAAGGGCGCAAGCCAAAAUGGAGGCUUCGAUAGCUCUAAGAAGUCAAGUUCCUCUCUCAGUAAAGAUGAAGAGAUAAGCCGAAAAUACAAAGGAUCGGAUACCGAUCCUCAAAAAGCAUUAGUAGAGUAUUCAUCCGAAACGAAAACUUUAAUUUAUCAUGCAUACCCACCAAAAACAGCAGAACUGAAGGCACAACUGACACGAGAACAGGUCACCGCUCAACCUUUUCUUUAUUAG